GCGAAGCGCACAUUAGCGCGAUUCCAUCGUUGCGAAUACGUUGCGAAUUCGGCUGUUAACUUCGAAUCCGCAAUCGUGCGCACACUUGCGCGAUUUUUUCCGAAAUUCGAUGGAUUCGUCUGAUGAGGAGCUGGCGCUUAUUUACCUUGCAGUAAACAAUAAAAUAAAACAAAAUAAAACAAGCAUGAAAAGAAGAAAAUGGAUCCAUGAAAUUAAUCGCGAUCGGAAAGAAAAUGGCGAAUUCUCUACUUUGAUGUCCCAGCUUCGCAAAGACCAUAUUCGUUUUUAUAAAUAUUUCCGAAUGACUAUUGAGUGCUUUGAUGAAGUACUGAGUAUUAUUAAAAAUGAGAUUCAAAAAGCAGACACACAUUUGCGAGAGUGCAUAGGACCCGAAGAACGACUUGCCAUUGCCUUAAGAUAUCUCGCAACUGGCGAUUCAUUUAUCACAAUUGGUCAUAGCUUUCGUGUAGGAUUUAGAACAGUCAGCUUGAUUGUUAACGAAGUAUUUGAGGCGAUAUCAAAAAAAAUGGAAAGAAUUUAUUUGCCGGAACCAACAAUGGAAAUUUGGGAAAAAUCUGCUCAAGGAUUUCAAGAUUUGUG